GAAUCGGAGUUUCCCGAGAACAGAUGAACAGAAUUAAGUGAAGCUCCAGUUAUUAUUCAGCCUUUAGUCUCGCGGCGGGCGUCAUCUGUGCGAACCUCCUCCUCCUCAUCAUCUUCAUCACAGGAAUGGCUCAUUCUAAACCGCUGCUCAUCCCGUGGCUGCGAGCGCAGAUCGACAGUGGUGAGUAUCCCGGUGUCCAGUGGACGAACCCGGAGCACAGCGAGUUCUGCGUCCCGUGGAAGCAUGCGUUACGACAGGACUCGUCCAGCACGGACAUUCUCAUCUUUAAGGCCUGGGCCGAGGUGAGCGGUAACGGCCGUGCUCAGGGAGAACCCUCCGUCUGGAAGAGGAACUUCCGCAGCGCCCUGCGAGCCAAAGGCUUUAAAAUGAUGGAGGACAACAAGAACGAAACUGCAAACCCACAUAAGGUGUUUCGCUGGCCGGAGAACUCCGCUUCAGGAGCUAAAUCUGCAGCAGGAUCUCAGGAGAGAGAGGAGCCAGCCUUGACUGAGGAUUGUGGUUUUCCUAUACAAGAAAGCCAGCUUCUCGCAUGCUUCGACGAAGAUCUCUACCAUGCUGACGGUCCUUUAUUUGUAGAAUCCAGUGACAGGCCGGAUAUUCUCCAGCAGUGCCUGCAGGGACUGAACAUUGGCCAUGAAACAGAAGACACCACGGGCUUUGAGCCUGUUCCUGAGCAACAGCAGCUGCAGAGUCACGCUGUGAUUGGUGGACACACGUUGCUGGGGCAACAGCAGUAUCCAGUCACAGUGGCGGGUGCAGUCGGUGGAAGUGGGUUGCCUGAGCAACCAGCUUGUCCAGUGGAAGGAGGUGUGGGAGGGGCCUGUGACGGGCAGCUGGCGGAGCAGUUCCUACAUACCAUGAGCCAGACCAAGGAUGGAGAUCAUUUCAAGACCCAGUUCAGGAUCACAGUUUACUACAGAGGACAGACGGUGAUGGAGCAGGUGGUCGAGAAUGAAGCUGGUUUCCGACUGGUCUACAGCCCUGGUGUCAAGGGGACGGCUCUGGACGACGAAUCAGGCCUGACCUUGGUCUUUCUGCCAAGUAUUGGAAUCAUGUUGGACCAGACUCAAACUAAACUGACCCAACACAUCCUGGACAAGCUGGGCGAUGGGUUGGAAGUCGGCGUGUCGGGGCACGUGGUCUACGGCCAGCGAAGGGGUGAAGUCAAAGCCUUCUGGAGCUUCUCCAAGUUUGACCAAAGCAGACGACCUCAAGAGAUUCCCAAACUGCAGCCGCAGUCUCUCUACAUGUUCAAGGACUUUAUAGGAGGAAUGUUGGCUUUCAUUAACGGGGCCGAGUGCCCUCCCUGCUCCAUGUUCCUCUGCCUCGGGGAGAAGUGGCCUGAUCCAGACAAAAGGCCUUGGGAGAAGAAACUCAUCACAGUGGAGGUGGUGUUGACUUCGAUGGAGUUGCUGAAGACUCUCGCCGUGGGAAACGGCGCCACCUCCCUGCAGUCUGUGGAGCUGCAGAUGUCACUGGAGGAGAUGAUGGAGACGUGUUGACAUCCCGCCUUUCCUCCAUGCCAUGCAAUCAACUCAUUUCCCUCACCUGGUUUUCCCCGCCCAUCUCCACACCUGCGGUGCAUUUGCUCAUUAGUCCCUCUGUGUAUAUAUACUAGUCCAUUGUCGUUCGACCCCUGCCAGAUUGUCUUGUGUGUUAGUUUUUCUGCUAAGCAUUCCAGCAUUUUCUAGAUUGCCUUUUGUUCUGACCCUGUCCUGUUUGCCUGUUUUUGGACAGAUUUCCUGGUUUUGACUCUGACUGUUGGACAAGGUAAAGUGCCUCGUCCUCCACAAACUUGACUGCCUCGUUGCCGUGCUUUUGGGUUCUCCCUUGCCUGUUCCUCGGACCGUGACAGAUGCAUGUAUUGCAGUGUUUGCACGAGGGGCAGCCUCCUUGGAAUCCCAACACCAGCUAAAAUGAGUUCUUAUUUCUAAUUCAGUUAUUUUGAUGAGGAUAACUGCGCCACGGAACUCCUCCAAGUUAUUUAUCACUUGCACAUUACAGUAUUGAAUUCUGACAGCUGCAAACAAGUUGCUUUCAGCCACACUCGCACACUUGUCAAAAACGCUGAAAACAAUUUGUUCACACACAGUGAGAGAUGUUGGGUAACUGGAACACGUGAUAACUGUGAGAAGAUGAUGUGCGAGCGAAGACAGGCUUUCCUGACAGGAUGCUCACUCUUGUGCCCAGUGGGUAGAGGAAACAGGGUAGAGAGGCUGAAGUGGCCGGCUGGUAGCUGCAGACUUACAACAACAGGAUAUACACGUUACGUCAGCGAUAGCGGGAGAAAAGUCAGAGGAGCCCUGACAAAGUGCAAUCCUGGAAGCAAACGCGUAUUCCUUUAAGACACUUGAAAAUAUCGCACAUCAAUCCGUCCAGAGGGUCAAGAAGCUCACGACCCUCAGCGGCUUUCAAAAACAACCAUUGUUCCUGAUGUAGGCACUUCAGGACGACACACUUUAAUCACCCACAUCAUGACUGAACCACAACACUUGACACGAAACACAGCGCGACCUCCGCUCGGUUCUCAGGGUCAAUUCACUCUCAUGUCACGAUGUCAUGUCAAUGGAGGCGGUAAAAUAAUUUCUUUCUUUUUAGGCUAGUUUAGGCAGUAUGACUUUUUUUUUCUUUUUUUUUACACCAAGUCUAUAUAAACUGAUUAUUAUGAACUAAUAGAGCAUCAGUGAAUGCAUUAGUAAUUAAGUAAUUACAAGCCUUAGAAAGGUUUUUAUAUAGUAUUUAUUGACACAUAGUCGGAGCUUGUCAGCCUUCUCUGAUUUUGUAAACCACCAAAGGCCAUAGGCUACGUUUUUAACUCACUGCUACACAGGAGAGACUGGUCCACUGAUGUCAUGUUGACUCAGUUUGUGUCACUUAUGGCGUGUUUCC